UUCCCCCUGAUGCCACCUUCUCCUGUUGGCCGCGGCACAGCUCAGCAGCAGCCGAGCCUCCUCCUCCCAUCUCCAAUUCUUUUGUCUCUCUCUCUCUCGGUGUUAAAAUCCCAACGCGGCCGCCGUACGCGCAUUGCCUCCUUCCUUCCGAGCACCUGCUGGCUCGCUUCGCUUCUCCUCCCGCUCCUCCCUUCCCCAGGCCGUUCUUGGAGGGAGCCCGUAGCUAAAGUAGUGAUCUUGGAGCUGCUGCCGGUGGGGGUCUGCAAUGGGGAGGAGCGGCCAUGCCUGCUCCCUUCUCGCGCCGCUGCUGCUCCUGCUGCUGUCGCUGGGCUCCGCCGCUGCGCAGAAGGGCUCGACCUGGAAGACGCUGAGUGGUGAUCCUCCAGCAGUCAUUGCUAAGGGUGGGUUCUCGGGUCUAUUUCCCGAUUCCAGUGACCUUGCUUAUGCGUUUGCUGCCAGCUAUCAGGACUCGGUCCUUUGGUGCGAUGUUCGGUUGACCAAGGAUGGUGUUGGCAUCUGCCUUCCGGACAUAAAAAUGGAGAACUGCACAAGCAUAGCAAAUGUUUUCCCAAAGGGGCAGAACACCUACCGUGUGAACGGUGUAUCUACCAAGGCCUGGUUCUCAGUGGAUUAUGACAGCAUUCAGCUAUCCAAUGUAUCUUUGGAACGAUCGAUCUAUUCUCGUACACAAAGAUAUGAUGAUGUCUUCCAAGUAAUUCCAGUUGAAGUUGUACUGUCGCAAUAUAAGGCUCCUGCUUUUUGGUUAAAUGUUCAGCACGACAGUUUCUACAGCCAAUUCAAUCUGAGCAUGAGAAGCUAUAUCCUGUCUCUGUCAAAGCAAUACACGGUUGACUACAUCUCAUCGCCUGAAGUGAGCUUCCUGAAAAGCUUACUUGGGAGAGUUAGCAGCAAGACAAAGCUUGUGUUCCGUUUUCUUGAUGAAGGCAUUGUGGAGCCAUCUACUAAUCAGACAUAUGGCUCAAUACUAAAAAAUCUGACAUCUAUCAAGACUUUUGCUUCUGGGAUACUUGUUCCCAAAAACUAUAUCUGGCCUGUUGCGGCAGAUAAUUAUCUGAAACCUGCUACUUCAGUCGUUGAUGAUGCUCAUAAGGCAGGCUUAGAAAUUUAUGCUGCUAAUUUUGCCAAUGACUUUGGGCUCAGCUACAACUACAGCUAUGAUCCAGUAACAGAAUAUCUUGGCUUCGUUGAUGGUGCCUUCUCUGUGGAUGGUGUCUUGACUGAUUUCCCGAUCACUGCUUUAGAAGCCAUUGGUUGCUUUACUAACCUGAACGACACCAAGGUAGAUCAUGGGGCACCUCUAGUUAUCUCCCACAAUGGUGCUAGUGGUGACUACCCAGACUGCACUGACCUAGCUUAUAAAAAGGCAGUUACUGAUGGAGCAGAUGUCAUUGACUGUGCUGUUCAAGUGACAAAAGAUGCCAUACCAAUAUGCAUGAGUUCCAUUGACCUGAAAGAUGUUUCUACUGUUGUAACUUCACAAUUUGCUUCUCAAGCGGUUGUCAUAGAAGAUAUUAAGCCUGUCGCUGGAAUCUAUACAUUCAACCUCACUUGGGAGGAUAUUGCAAACAACCUGAAGCCUAUGAUAUCAAACCCGUGGACCGGCUUCGCCCUAUCAAGAAGUCCCAGAAACAGGAACGCAGGGAAUUUCAUGAAAUUAUCAGACUUCUUAACGUUUGCAAAAGGAGAGGAUUUGGCAGGAAUCAUGAUUACAGUGGAGCGUGCUUCAUUCAUGGCAGAGAAACUUGGUUUUGGUGUGGUAGAUGCAGUGAUCAAAGCUCUUGAUGAUUCUGGUUACAGCAAACAGACCGCCCAGAAAGUCAUGAUUCAGUCGACAAACAGCUCAACUCUAGUGAAGUUCAAGCAGGAAGCCAAGUAUAACCUUGUCUACAAGCUCGACGAAGAUGUCAAAGAUGCUGCACCUUCCGCCGUUGCAGCUAUCAAGCAGUUUGCUGAUGCUGUUUCUGUUAGCACCAUGUCUGUUUACCCUGCGACCAGCAAUUUCUUGAUAAACCAGACCAACCCUCUUGCGAAGACCCUGCAGUCUGCUGGCCUUCCAGUUUAUGUUCAUCUGCUCAUGAACGAGUUCCCUUCGCAACCUUGGGACUUCUUCUCAGACGCAACGACACAGAUUAAUGCCUUUGUGCAGAAAGGCGGAGGGGGAGUGGAUGGAGUCAUCACUGACUUUCCUGGGACAGCUCACAGAUACAAAUUGAACUCCUGCAAGAACAUGGGAGACAAGACGCCAUACUACAUGCUGCCUCCCCAGCGCGGCGGCCUCCUUGAGACCAUCGAUAAAGCUGCGCAGCCACCAGCAAUGGCCCCACAGAAGGACUUGGCAAGCGCUGAGGUGGUAGAGGCAGCCCUACCUCCUGCCAGCAGCACCACAGCGCCGUUGGUGUUCGAUUUCCAGCCUCGAGACCCCGAGGAUGCUCUGGCGGCGUUGGCAGCCCUGUCGCGGAGCAAAAUUCCCGGAGUGGUUCGGAGAAGAACGCUGCGGAGGAUCCCGGACAGGAGGAGCUGGUUCGUCGGGCUCUGCGACGGCGACGCCGCGGACGCCGCCGAGAGGUUCAGCGAGCGGUGGUCGACUGACCUGGUGGUGGGGGAGCACGACUGCCGGGACUACACCAACGGGCUCGUCGAAGUCUUGACGGGAGAAAAACGUGUCCUGGAGUCGCUCAGAGCAUCAUCAGGCGCCAACGAGGUGGCACCUUGAUGGAUGGUCUAUCAGAAUGCCGUUCAGUGAUCUCUAAUCGGGCACUCAGAUACCAUCUGCAGUAGCAGCAAGUGAAUCUUUGAAGCCUUCUCGGUUAACGGCUUAAAGAGAAAUGAAGGCACUUUGAGGAAUUCCUUGGCUGGAGCUGGAAGCAAGAGUAGCAAAUCUAUGUAAUCAGGUGAUGUUUGCUGAACUACAGAGUCAAUUUGUUAUCAGUAGUUCGUAUGCCGUACCUGAAAACAUAAUUACAAUGAAAUGCUUACUAGGAAGAUGGAGGGUAGAGACAGAAUGAUACCUAUAGCAGUAUGUGGACAAUGCCGACAAAUGUCUUUUUUUC